AUGGUUAUGGAGAUGAGUGAGGGGAGGAUAUUGGAUUGUUGCCCAAGUUUCUCUCUUUUCUCAUUUUCUUUCCCCUCUCUCUCUAUCUCUCUCUCUCUCCUUCUCUCUUUCCUCACUUUCUUUUGCCGAUUGGAAAUCAUAUUGAACCAAAGAUGCCUUCUUUUGCUUUUCUUCUCAAUUAAUGAGCAUGGUGAGCAGAGAGGACAUGGGUAUUCGAUUAAGCAUCGUCAACACAACACCUUUGUCCCGGUUCCUUUGAGUUUGGAUCAUGUUGUUGGACUAGCCUUGAACGAUGUUCAGUUCAUGCUGGAGAAAGAAAGAUGGCAUCACACAUCAUUGAUUAUCCUCGCAUUGGGCCCAAGAGGGAACUCAAGUUUUCUUUGGAGUCUUUUUAGGAUGGGAAGAGGAGUGUCAAAGAUGCACAAAAGGGUUUCUGUAGAUCUUAGGUCUUCCAUUUUGAAGCAAAUGGCUGAUGUAGGGAUCAAAUACAUUAUGAGCAACACUUUCUCCUACUAUGAUUAAGUGCUUCAGGAAACAACAAUGAUAGGUGUUGUUCCCACUAGAUGCGGAAGGAUUGGUGGCCAAAUUGGAUUUGAUACCUAUUUCUCUAUGGCCAGAGGAAAUGCUUCAUUGCACUGCUAUGGGGAUGACCCAGUGGCCCGACACCAAUUAUUAAGUAAACUAACCUUAUCUUGAGCAUCUUGAAUGUUGAAAAUUUUGUUUUAUCUAACUUAGUUUAACUUUGUAUGUUUGUUGAUAUUUUCCUUGUUAGUUCCUUACUAAUUUCCUGGUUUAUAAUUUAUUUUCUAGCCAUUUCAUUGUCCCUGCACGGGUUCCAAACACAAAUUUCUCCUUCUCUUUCCAUAAGGCAAUG